UCUUCCAAAAUUUUUGCAACCCAUUGAUCUUCUCCCCUUUUUGUUCCCAUUCACAUGUUUAGGCAAACAUAUACUCUCUUCUAAAGUUGAGUACUUUUUUCCAAAAAAAAAAGUUUCCCAUUGAGAAAGAAAACCCAAACCCACACUUUAUUUUAUUUUAUUUUGAAUUGUUAUAUUCUUUGUUUUCCUUCCUCUCUUUUAGGUAUUCAAUCCUUCCCCUGCUUUAUACAAACCCAAUAAGCCUCUCCCAAGUGUUUCCUAGAGUUCCCUUUCCUCAUGGAAGAUCACAAGAAUCAUCAAACCCCGGAUUCAGGAACCAUUUCUGUUGAAGCUCCACGACAAAGAGUGAAACUUCCCAACUUUCUGCUAUCUGUGAGACUUAAGUAUGUGAAACUUGGGUACCACUACUUAAUCUCCAAUGCUAUGUACCUUUUGCUCAUACCCCUUCUUGGUGUAGUUUCAGCUCAACUAUCAACUAUCUCUCUCCAAGAUGUUUUCCAACUUUGGGAAAACCUCAAGUUCAACCUUGUCUCAGUGACUCUAUGUUCUAGUCUUACAGUAUUUCUUGUUACCCUUUACUUCAUGAGUCGCCCAAGAGGUGUUUACUUGGUGGAUUUUGCUUGUUACAAGCCAGAGCCAGAUUGCACGUGCACAAGGGAGACUUUCAUGGAAAGGUCUGUGUUAACUGAAACCUUCUCAGAGGAGAACUUGGCCUUUCAAAAGAAGAUACUUGAGAGGUCUGGUUUGGGACAGAAGACUUAUUUACCUCCGGCAAUCUUGAGUGUCCCACCAAAUCCAUGUAUGGCUGAAGCAAGGAAAGAAGCUGAGGAAGUCAUGUUUGGAGCCAUUGACCAGCUUCUUGAAAAAACUGGUGUCAAGGCUAAGGAUAUUGGGAUUUUGGUUGUGAAUUGCAGUUUGUUCAAUCCCACGCCAUCUCUCUCUGCAAUGAUUGUGAACCACUACAAGUUAAGAGGGAAUAUCAUUAGUUAUAAUCUAGGUGGCAUGGGUUGCAGUGCUGGCCUUAUCUCUAUAGACCUUGCAAAGCAGCUCCUUCAGGUACAUCCCAACUCUUAUGCCUUAGUAGUGAGCAUGGAGAACAUCACUCUCAACUGGUAUUUUGGAAACAACCGGUCAAUGCUAGUCUCAAAUUGUCUCUUUAGAAUGGGUGGAGCUGCAGUUCUCCUUUCCAACAAGCCUUCUGUUAGAAGACAAGCCAAAUACCAACUGAUUCAUACAGUGCGUACUCACAAAGGUGCAGAUGACAAAUCUUAUGGUUGUGUCUUUCAAGAAGAAGAUGAGAAGAAAACAAUUGGUGUGGCACUCUCAAAGGACUUAAUGGCCGUUGCUGGAGAAGCCCUAAAGACCAACAUCACAACACUUGGUCCAUUAGUCCUUCCUAUGUCAGAGCAGCUCUUGUUUUUUGCUACUUUGGUUGCUAGAAAAGUGUUCAAGAUGAAAAUAAAGCCAUACAUCCCAGACUUUAAGCUAGCUUUUGAGCACUUUUGUAUCCAUGCUGGAGGAAGAGCAGUGUUGGAUGAGUUGGAGAAAAAUCUUGAGCUCACUGAUUGGCAUAUGGAGCCAUCAAGAAUGACUCUGUACAGGUUUGGCAACACUUCUAGCAGUUCCUUGUGGUAUGAAUUGGCCUACACCGAAUCAAAAGGGAGGAUCAGGAAGGGUGACAAAACUUGGCAGAUUGCAUUUGGUUCUGGUUUCAAGUGCAACAGUGCAGUGUGGCGUGCAUUGAGGACCAUUAAUCCAUCAAAGGAGAAAAAUCCUUGGGUGGAUGAGAUUCAUGACUUUCCCGUUCAUGUGCCUAAAGUGGAAGCAGUUCGUUCCUAAGUUCAGCCUCUUGUUUUUUUUUUUUUGUUGGGGGAGGGUAUCUAAGAGGAAGAAAUUUAUUUAAGGUUUUCAUUGUUAAUCUUAGGGGUGCAAGAAUAGAAGCCUAGCAGCUUUUCUAAUUUGGCGGUUUCUUUGGUCUUGUCCUAGUGUGCUGAAGUUGUAAGUGUGUGCAUAGAAUUAUUGUCCAAUUGAACAUUAUUACAUGAUUUUUCAUAAUAUGUAUCA